CAAAUAGUCGCGGUUUGUUUGCCGCUCCAAGCAAAAGUUCUUUUUUUCGGCGGCGCAUCAGCGCGUUACUUACGAGCCUAUCGCGUGCGUUCUCAAGCAGUUUACAUAGUUUUUUGUGUUACUUUUUUGAGUUUUCCGGUUAUCCUGUUCCCUUUCUUCGCGCCUGUCGCGUAACUCUCGUGAAAUGUCUGCCGUAUUUCGCGUGUUUUCUCGUCGGCUCUACGUGCUACUCCCCGUCAUCAGCCUACUCUCUUUUAAUGUCUUCUUUGUGUCUUGUGCGGUACAGCGUAGUUUGGAGGAGGCACGUCAGGAGCGUCAACGUUUAGUACAAAAGUAUAUCAAGACAUUGAACAAGGAAGAGGGCGCGAUACGGCUCGUGGGCGGCGAGAAUGAGUAUGAAGGUAACAUCGAGGUUCUACACAAUAACAAAUGGGGCGCCAUCUGCGAUGAUGAAUGGGAUGCCCUCGAGGGACGUGUGGUCUGCCAGCAACUGGGAUAUCCCGGCUUGAGGCGUGUUACCCAAGAUGGUUACUUCGGCUUGGCGCGACGACGCUACUGGAUGGAUAACAUGUAUUGUGAGGGUAAUGAACGUGAGCUUACAGACUGCCACUUUGACGGUUGGGGCAUAAACGAUUGUGAGGCAAAUGAAGCGGCCGGUGUGAUAUGUGAAAGUCCGCAUUUAGAGCGUAACACCGAGACCCCAUUGGCAAAACUGUUACCUAAAUUCACCCUACCGCAUGCCUACCGCAUCGAGCUAAGAUUACGUGGUGGACGUCGUGCAAAUGAAGGUCGUGUUGAGGUACGCAUCGAUGGCGGACGCUGGGGUACAAUAUGUUCGGAUGGUUGGUCUUUACUUGAAGCGAAUGUGGUGUGUCGUCAGUUGGUGUUGGGUUUCGCCCGUGAUGCUUUGCAGACGGACUUUUUCGGUGGACUGGAUAUUGCGCCAGCUGUACUCAGUGGCACCGAGUGUUAUGGUAAUGAGACUACACUGGCGCAAUGUCUGCAUCACGAUCAUUUACGACCGCCAGCUGAAUGUCACGGUGAUCGUAAUCAUGUUGCAGUAGUGGUGUGUGAUCAUCUGGCGCCUGACCUUGUGGUGGACUUUUAUGAGCUCGAACGCACUGCGCACUUAGAAGAUCGUCCCAUGGCGUUGAUGCAAUGUGCAAUGGAAGAGAACUGUGUGGCGAAUGAAGCGUAUGACAUACAGCGAGAUGAUCCCAAUUGGCGUUAUGUAACGCGUCGUCUACUCAAAUUCACAGCCAGUACACUGAAUGCCGGCAACACCGACUUUAGGCCAUUCAAGGAAAAACAUCUAUGGGAGUGGCACAUGUGUCAUAUGCACUAUCACAGCAUGGAAGUCUUUGCCACAUUCGACGUGUUCGAUCUUCUGGGUAAUAAAGUGGCACAGGGUCACAAAGCCUCCUUCUGCUUGGAGGACAAUCAAUGCUUGUCGGGUGUGCCGAAGAAAUACAACUGCGCCAAUUUUGGAGAUCAAGGCAUUUCAGUUAACUGUUCUGACAUUUAUCUCUACAAUCUCGACUGCCAAUGGGUGGACAUCACCGAAUUGGACACCGGUUCCUACGUUCUGAAAAUCUCUGUUAAUCCAGAGUUCAAGGUGGCGGAGAUGAGUUAUGAUAACAACGCCGCAGUCUGCAAUCUUCUAUAUACGGAAACCUAUGCGCGUGUGGAUGACUGUAGAUUGGCAAGGCCAUAGAUCAUUCCAUUUAAGUGAAUAAAUAAUAUUUUUAAAGCGAAUAAUUCUCGCGCGGGGAACUAAACCAACCUAAAAAGUGCCAAAAAUAGUAAUAACUGAUGGAUAUAUGUGAAACCAAAUAUAAUAAAAUUAUAUUUUAUAUAA